GCAGCCACUCGAAAGAAAGAAAAAGGGUACCCAGCCAGCCUUUGAGAAAUUGGUGAGAUAAGCUUGGUUUUCUCCUUCCUUUCUUGCUCUAGAACACACCUAGAACCCAGAAAUCUUCCCCCCCCUGCUGGAAAAGCCGGAUCUGCCUGCUCUGCUUUGUCCUUCCGCCGGCUACUCUUGAUUGUGGGUGAUUUCUGGGCAUUUUUUUCGAUUUUUGGGUAAACCCGUGAGCUUUCCCUGCAGCUUGCCGCCGGCCUCUUCCCCCCUGCAACUCCGGUUCUUGCUGGAAAAUUCUGGUUCCCAAUCGUUCUGUCAGUUAGUGCGUGAAUUGAGUGCUCGGUUUUAUGCGAGUGAGGUAAGUAAAUUUAUGGUAAUCCCUGUACUGUUUUAAAAGCAUGUUUUGAUUUGUUUUUGAAGUGGUGGCGGGACUAAACCCGUUUUACACGAGCAUGACUGAUUUGAAGUGAAAUGUUUUGUGCUUUUCAUGAAAUUGAGCAUGCCUACUUGAAAUUUAAGUGACUGUCCUGAUGAUCUGAAAGUGAUUGUGAAUUGUGAUUUUCCUGUUAACUUUUGCUUGUUUUGUCUCCGAUGUGGUCAUGUUAUUCGUGACCCUGCUAGUGGGGGAAGUUAUAAACGCUAGCACAUGUCGACAUGUUAGUGAAAGAGCCGGUUCGUUCAACCCAGCUAGUGGGGCAGACGGGACAAGUCAUUUCCUUUUGAGAGGGAUUUUCAAUAUUCUGAAUGGGUGUCCUCCUUCUAAAUUGAGUGGUGUAGCCUCCAUCUUUAACAGUCUUCAAACUACUCCAAAACGUCUCCUCAUCAGGACUCCAUUUGCUCCUCCAACCAUAGCUUCUAAUCUUGCUCGAUUCAACAUUAAAGUUCACUUGCCGGUGUUUCUCAUUCCAAACCUAGUGAUGUAGCCCACAUUCAAUGUAAGCUCCCCUUUCUCAAACUUCAUCUUCCAUAUUGAGUUGAUUUCUUUCUCUGCUUCUGUUGGUUUAAAUGGUUGCUUUAGAUUUAGUUUGUUUUCUUUUUUAUACUUUUUGAUUUCUAGAAAACAUUGGUUUUGCUUCAUUUUCGUUGAUUUGUUCAAUUUUGGCUUGGUUGAGAUGAAAUCUAAUUUGAUGAUGGGUUUUGAUUUGUUAACAAUUUAGAUAAAAAAAAAAAAAACUU